ACCUUCCACUAGUCUGGAGUUGCAGUAGCUUCAUUAUCUUUAUAACGUGUGUUUUGCAGGUCAACCAGUAGGGGGCAGCACUGACCCUCCGAUCCAUCUUGUCAGCCGGAUAUAUCAACACGAAGAAGAACAACAGGAAGCGUCAACAAACAGAAAUGGCUACAGGAGUGGAUCAAGCAGUUGGGAUGAGUCUUGUUGUCUUCAGCCUUCUGUUGUUCACAUACUACUCUGUCUGGGUCAUCAUCCUGCCUUUCGUGGACAGUGAUCACGUACUGCACAAGUAUUUUCUACCUCGGGAGUACUCGGUCAUUCUGCCUGGCAUUGCAGCAGUAGUACUGCUCCUCUGUAUAGGGGCCUUCAUGGCAGUUAUCAUGUGGAAAAAUCGCAAGCCAAAAAAAGUGGACUAAUCCUGUUGGAGUGACUGCUGUGGAUUAUGGGAAAAUAGCCUUGAUGCUAAACCGUCUCCAGUGACCCUGACGUUAGUGCUCACAGAAUGACAAUUGUAAAAAAGAAGAAAAAAAAAAAAAAACUUUCCAAUAUUUAUUUUAUAUUUUGGUUCUAUUUUCCAUUCUGUUCAAGUUGAUAACUAGAAAUCAGCUCCUGAGUUUUAAAGCUGCUAUGUGUCGAAUUUGAAAACCUUUGACUUCAGUGAGUGGUCGAUUAUGAAAAGACACUGAGAAUGAAUAUUGUGAAAACGAAAUAUAGACUGCAACAAUGAUGAUAAAUUAAAAGAUCCCAUUAAAAAA